AUGACAAAUAAUCAGAAGGAUCGUAUAUGUAAUGAUGAGAAAUUACAAGAAGCAAUUAAUCAAUUAGAAGUGAAUACUAAUCAGAAUGCCAAUAUAAAUAAUUCAUUAAAAAGAUCUGCAACAAAUGAACACCCAAGAUAUUCCGAUGAUGAAGAAUUGAACAAUAAUAUUUAUACUUCUGAAUGGAACAUAAUUUCAAAUCGCAAACAAAAAAAGAAAUUGAAUGAUACAAAUGAUCAAUUUGCAUUAAAUUAUGUUGCAAAUUAUCAAUAUCCACUUUUCAAACUAGAAUGUGAGCCGAACAAUCGUACAAAUAUUGAAGAACAUAAAGAACGUUCUAUUAAAUGUCACCACUAUGGAGUUGAACAUUUAUCAACAGAUUGUAAAUGUCCAUUAUUAGAUGAUUAUCGUAGACAAAUAAUAUGUGAAUUGAGAAAACGCCCCGAAAAACGUCCACAGCGUAUUCAACUUUUUAUUCCAUCUGAAUAUCGUAAUCAAAAUGAUAAAACAAUGUAUCAUCACCACCACCAACAACAAUAUUAUUGUAGAAAUGAUCAUAAUCAAUGGCCAUUACUUACCACAUCAACAACAACUAAUACAACAACGAACCAAAACAUGAACGAAAUAAUUAAAUCAUUCAAUGAUGAAUUAGUUGAAUUGAAGAAAACAUAUAUGGAAGAUCAACAAAGAAAUAAAGAAAAAUAUAAAGAACAUAUGGAUUCAAUAAAUCAAACAUGGCCGAUCAUACCCCAUGUUGUGAAUACCGGAUAA